AUGGCAUCAGACGUGACAUAUUGUGGCUAUGGGAUAAACAAGGACGGAAUCCAUCCGGUGGUCGAAAAAAUUGAAGCCAUCGUAAAAGCACAGGAGCCUGAGAACAUUGACCAAUUACGAUCAUUUCUUGGAAUGCUAGACUACUAUCAUAGACUCUUACCAAAUGUGGCAACAGCCUUAGAGCCACUGCACAGAUUACUACGACAGGAAACCAAGUGGGAGUGGGGAGAAGCGCAGAAGGGGGCAUUUGACUAUGCAAAAGAGCUCCUACAGUCAGCUGACUUACUCGUCCAUUUUGAUCCGACCAAGCCGUUAAUCUUAGCGACUGAUGGAUCGAAUUACGGAGUUUGGGCCGUUUUGUCGCAUGUAUUUCCUGAUGGGACAGAAAAACCGAUAGCGUAUGUCUCAAGGUCUUUAAGCGCAGCCGAGAGAAAUUAUUCGACGAUUGAAAAGGAAGCAUUGGCCACGAUUUUCGGCGUUAAAAAGUUUCACAAAUUUCUUUACUGGCAGACAUUUACAAUCAAAACAGACCAUAGGCCAUUAGAAGGGUUACUCAACGACACAAAAAGAGUCCCCACUCAGGCAACACCACAAAUUCAACGAUGGGCCCUCGCACUAGCAGCAUACGAGUACAAGAUACAAUAUAAAGCCGAGAAAAACAAUAGGAACGCAGAUGCAUUGAGUAGACUACCCCUACCAAAGAUGCCACUGUCAACGCCACAGCCAGGUGAAACAAUCCGCCUGAUAGAACAUUUGGAAGAAACACCAGUCAACAGCAACUUGCAGAUAAGAGAGUGGACCAAACGGGAUCCAGUUAUGUCAAAAGUCCUUCAUUUCACAAUGCAAGCUAAGGUUAGCCAGAGUCCUACGAUUCCACAACAUUUAAAUCUUACCAUAACAAAAAGUUGGAGUUAA